GUUAUUGCCCACAAGAGGGCGGAAGAAGCACAAACCGGAUGUCGGAAAUGAGGUCACCGUCAACGUGCGAAAUUCAAACUUGAGUAAGAAAACAUCUGAGCGGACUUUAACUGAUCUGACCUUCUUCAGCGUCACAAUACACCGUGAAAACAGGAGGUUCACCGUCGUCCGGCUCGAAGCAGGGAGGAUGCCCGUGGAAAGGAUGGAGCACCGCGGAGCCGACGAGCUCUACAAAUACUACGAGGUUUAUGAGACCAUCGGCUCAGGAGGCUUUGCUAAAGUGAAGCUGGGUCGACACCUCCUGACGGGACAGAAGGUUGCCAUUAAAAUCAUGAACAAGAAGGACCUAGGGGACGACCUGCCCCGUGUGAAGGUGGAGAUUGAGGCCAUGAAGAGCCUGAGCCAUCAGCACGUCUGUCGUCUCUACCACGUCAUAGAGACCUCCACCCAGAUCUUCAUGGUGCUGGAGUACUGUAUAGGUGGAGAGCUGUUUGACUACAUCAUAGCAAAGGACCGUCUGUCAGAGGAGGAGACCAGAGUGUUUUUCAGACAGAUUGUGUCGGCGUUGGCCUACGUCCACAGCCAGGGAUACGCACACAGGGACCUCAAACCGGAAAACUUGUUGAUUGACGAAGACCACAACUUGAAGCUCAUAGACUUCGGAUUGUGCGCCAAACCAAAGGGAGGUUUGGGCUAUGAGCUGAUGACAUGCUGUGGGAGCCCUGCGUACGCCGCCCCUGAACUCAUCCAAGGAAAAGCGUACAUCGGUUCAGAGGCUGACGUGUGGAGUAUGGGAGUGCUGCUGUUCGCUCUUCUCUGUGGAUACCUGCCCUUUGACGACGACAACUGCAUGGUCCUCUACAGGAAGAUUUCGAGAGGUAAAUACGAUAACCCCAGGUGGCUCUCUCCGGGUAGCAUCCUCCUCCUCAACCAGAUGAUGCAGGUGGACCCCAAGCGACGUCUUACCGUCCGUCAGCUGCUGGAUCAUCCCUGGGUGAUGAAGGACUACAACAGCCCUGUGGAGUGGCUCAGCAGGCAGCCGCUCGGCCACAUAGACGUGGACUGUAUCACCGAGAUGGCCGUCCACAUGAAGCGUUCGAGGGAGAGCACCAUAGCUCUGGUCAAGGAGUGGCGCUAUGACCAGACCACAGCCACCUACCUGCUGCUGCUGUCAAAGAAGCAGAGGGGCAAACCUGUCCGCCUGCGCCCCGAACCAGCAGCGUGUGAGGACUCCUGCUCGCCGCUGCACAAGGGAAUACAGACGAGGGAAGUCCUUCACUACAGCGAGGACGAGGACGCCGUCAUUGUGGGUUCUCUGGACUUUUGCUCAGAGUACAUUGACGACUGCCCGUGGGUUUCAGACGUACACUAUACACCGCAGAGGGUCAGAGGACAGCCAGAUGGAUGCGCAAACAACAAAGACACGAGGCUGACAUCUCCAUCGGCGGAGAAAAGGUACGCCUACAGCCCGACCCCAGAGAGGGGGCGACCGACGGCUCAGCACCAGCACCAGGAAAGGAGGGACCGAGACCACGAACGGGCCAGCGAGAACAAGGAGAACAAGGAGAACAUCGCCGCCACGCAGGACAGAGACGUUGACGUCUUCGCGUUGCCUCCUCCUCGAACCCCUGUGUCCAGUAAGAAGAACUCACGGCCCAACAAGAACGUGCUGACCACGCCCAAUCAGAACGCAAACGCCAACGGCACUAAAACCAACGCAGUCACACCUAAAGGUGGAGGCAGUGCCUCUAAAGAGCACAAUAAGAAGAAGGCAGCAGAGAACAAGGAGUUUCCCAACGUCGAAAUCCUCACAUUCAGUCCUGAGAGGAGGUCUCGCUCUCUGGACAUGGCUGUCACAGGAGACAGCGGGAAGAAGAAGAGAGGCGGGAAGAUGUUCGGUUCCCUGGAGAGAGGCCUGGACAAAGUGAUCACCAUGCUCACUCCCAGCAAGAGACGAGCCCUGCGUGAUGGCCCGCGUAAGAUCAAGGCGCAAUACAACGUGACUCUGACCAGUCAGACCAACCCGGACCAGGUCCUUAACCAGAUCCUCUCCAUCCUGCCGGAGAAAAACGUCGACUUCACACAGAAAGGGUACACCCUGAAGUGUCAGACCUGGGGAGACUUUGGGAAGGUAACCAUGGCGUUCGAGCUGGAGGUGUGCCUGCUGCAGAGGCCGGAGGUCGUCGGGGUCCGCCGCCAGAGGCUGAAGGGAGACGCCUGGGUCUACAAGCACCUGGUGGAAGACAUCCUCUCCGCGUCCAGUAUUUAAACAAUGCACUUUAAUGUUCAUGUUUGUGUCAGAGACAUGAAGGAUGACAGGUCGGUGAUUGAAGUCUCAGCACAUUAAUGAUCAGUCCUUCAUUAUUCCUAAUAAAUAUUUAAAAUGAUCCAUAGGCCAGCCUGCAAUCCCCCAGACUACACGUUACACAGAAUUUAUGAGCAUUGCAUGUCAGGAUGAGUGUACAGCUCCACUUGUUUUAUGUAGAAUAUCGUUGUUUUACUUCUCUUCAUAAGCUGAACAUGGUGUGUGUGUGUGUGUGUGUGUGUGUGUUUGUUUGUGUGUCUGUGUGUGUGUUAUUUACAGCGUACCUUCUGGCUACUUCUUAGCAUAUUUAUGUCUUAAUGUUAUUCUUCCCUGUAGCUGCAAAACUUAAUUGAAUAACAUAAAGAACAUUAUUAAUGAGCUGUCAUUGUUUUUUGAUGUACAUGUUUACAUUCCCUCCAUCAUGUUUUUACAUGUUUGUCUCGUAUGAAGCGUCUGCUUUCACUUCUUGUCGGUGCUUUUUGUAGUUUUUUUUUUAAACCGUCUGUAAGAUUUCUACUGACGUGUAAAAGGACAAAAUAAAUAGUUUUAAAUGUAA